AGUUGUGGUGCUUCAGUGAAUACCCUAAAAGGGUACGUGAUACAUCAAGGGCUUCAUAAAAAUGAGCCACAUUAUCAGCAUGCGUGUUGUAUGGAUAGUUGUAAGUUUCAGUUCAGAAAUUACAAUGCUUUUAAAUGUCAUGUUUACCGCCAUCAUCGGCGGUUAUCUACUGUGUCACAGUCUCAAACUUUGCAGACACCCUUUCUAUGUCAACUUCCACAUUGUCAGAAACAGUUGAUCGACCUUAAAGACCUUCUCUGUCACCUAAAAUCUCACAUUUCAAGAAGAGAGAUAGUGCAUUGCCCAUUUAAAGACUGUGAUAAAACUUUUUCAGUGACAUCAUCUUUCACAGCCCACCUAGCUAGGAAGCACAAAAACCCCACAGCUCUGCAUGUCUCUGGUGCAUACUGUCCUCCUUCAGUUCCUAGUGAGUCUCAGUCCUCUGUUGCUGAAAGCCAGGCAGAUGAAGGGUCAGCUGAUGAUGAGCCUGAGGCAGAUGUCCCAGACCUUGCACAAAUGAAAAGUUUGUACAUGAGAAAUCUGUGCAUGUUUUACAUGAAACUACAGGCCAAACAACUUAUCCCUUCCUCUACAAUCCAGUUGAUCGUAGAAGAACUGAAUAGUCUUAAUGGAAUGUGUCUGCAGUACACGAAAAGUCAACUGAAAGCAUCUCUUCAAACAAAAGCUGAACUAUCUGAGACUGAAAUUGAAGAUGUUUUGAAGACCCUAGAUUAUGUAGAUAUUCAUGGAUCCUGCAGCUCCUCCCUUUCCACAGAGUACAACAGAAAACGGUGCCUCUUCAAAAUUAACCCAGACAAGGGAUCAAAAGUGGAGCGGAACGCCACCAAAAGACUUGCAGUCAGUCCAAAGGUUCUCACACUGAUAACAAGAAUUGCAGACUACGAGUGGCGGGAAUAA